AAUAACAAUAGUUUAUUCCUCUCAAAUACCUCUAUAUUUAUGUAACUUUCUUGGUUAUUUCCUGGCAAAACCCAAACCCAGUUUGGACUAGACAUUAUAAGCUCAAUGGAUAAUAGUCAAGCAGAGAAAGUGCAUGUAGCCCUUGGGAAUGAUUUAGAAGAUGGUUUUAAGACCUUGGAGUGGACUCUCAAGAAGUGGAACUCUCAGCCAAUCUCCAUUAUCAUUCUCCAUCUUACUUUCAGUAUCUCCAAGGACUAUGUUUACACCCCAUUUGGGAAGCUCCCUGCAAGUGCAGUUAGUGAUAAGAAACUGGAUGUUCUUAAACAAUAUGAGAAAGAAAAGAUUGACAAGUUACUCCCUAAAUACACAUCUUUCUGUGGCCAGGUGAAGACUGAACUACUUAAAGUGGAGAAAUGUGAUGAGUCAAUUCACAAGAUCAUUAUAGACUUGAUAUCAAGACUCAAAAUUACCAAAUUGGUCAUGGGUUUUUCAUUCUUAAAGUCCUCACCAUGGAAAAUCAAGAAUGCAAUAAAUGGGUCGUUUUACGUUCACAAGAACAAGCCAGAUUUUUGUGAGCUUUUCAUAAUAUGUGGAGGAAAAUUACUUUCCAUUAAGGGAGAGAAUAAGAGAGGAAUAAUGGAAGAUGAUCAAGGUGUCAUGGUAGCAAAACUUAGAGAAAAGGGUAGUUUUAAAGAUUGGCUAGGAAAGAUUUUCAUUCCAACCCAACCAAAUCCUCUAGAGAAAAGCCCUCGUCGUUUGUUAUCUUCUUUAUCAAUUAAUCUAGACUCCCCAAGUUCACAAACCCAAUGGGAAAAUUGUGUUGAAGAAAUUGAAGAAUAUUUUCAACACUUGUUGUCCUUAAAUUUGGAUCAAGAAGAAGAAGAAAAAGAAGAUGUUGACCAAGUGAAUGAAAAUUUUGAUCUACAAAGUCUAGUGAUGGAGUUGGGCACGGCGGGACGUGCGGCAAUUGAUUUGAGUGGUACAGAAAAAAUUGAGUCUUUGAAAGCAAAACUGAGAGAAGCUCAAAAAAUAGUCAAAUCCAAGAGAAUAGAAGCGAUGGCCAAUGCAGAAAGGCGUUCAAAAGCAGAAAGAGCUAUUUUUUUAUGCAAUCGUCGGAGUGGUGAACUCCAAUCAAAGAUCAAAGAAGAGGUAAAUAAGCAAACAGAGUUAAAAAAAGAGUUAGAAGAUGAAGAGGAUCACCUCCAUGAAACCAUGACCGAGGUAGAAGAAACGAAGAAGAGGCUAAAAUCACUGACACAGCUCAAGAACGAGCUCUCCAACAAACUUCACAUAUCCAAAUUUGCCAAAUCUCAAUCUGAGGCACAGCUAAACAACGCGGUCAACUUACGAUCGGAGAUGGUUAGGGAAAUUGAGGAGCUGAGGCAACAGAGAGAUGUUCUUCACCGUCGGAUUGAGUUUUGUAAAGAGAAAGACGCCAUCGGAAUGGUGACCAGGUUCGUUGAACCGAGUAGCGGUUGCAAGGAGUUCACGGCGGAACAUAUCAGAAUGGCCACUAAUGGCUUCUCCGAGAGAAUGAGGUUGAAGCCUGGAGGCGAUUGGACUGAGGUGUAUCGCGGCCGCAUUAAUCAUUACAUGGUUGCCAUCAAAAGACUUGACUCUGGUAAUGGAAUGUCUCAAGAAGAUUUUCAAUCUAAGGUGUUACUGUUGAGCCAAAUCAGGCACCCGAAUUUGGUGCCCAUGAUUGGUUAUUGCACUGAGCUAAAAUGCAUAGUAUUUGAAUACAUGCACAAUGGUAGCUUAAGGGAUAUUUUCUUAAGAGAGAUACUCUACUCUCGCAAAAGCUCCGCCAAGAGACGGAUCCGGACUCUCCGUUGGCACGACCGGAUACGAAUUGCUGCCGAGAUUUGUUCGGGCCUGGGCUUCCUCCACAUGGCCAAGCCCAGGCCCAUUGUUCAUGGUCAACUCAGGUUGGCCAACAUUCUCCUCGACCGCAAUCUCAGUGCCAAGAUAAGUGGGUUUGGGCUUUCUAAAAGUGGUGACGAGCAAUGGAUUAGAUCAGACAUUCGGGCCUUUGGACUUAUGCUGAUGCACCUUUUGACUGGGAGGAAUUGGGCUGGGCUUGUUGAGGCCAUGACUAUGGAUAGAGCAGGUUUGAUCCGGGAUUUGGAUGAAAUGGCCGGGAAGUGGCCAUUGGACCUAGCCGAGAGACUAGCGGGCCUUACGUUGAAGUGUUUGUCCAGUAACCGUGGGCCUAAUAUGGAUUUGAAAUUGGCUACUGUUAUGGAAGAGCUCAACGACUUGAGGGAAAGAGCUAGUGAUGUUGUGGCAAGUGGAAAAUUUAAGGUGGCUAGUCGUAAUGGAUCUGAUGUGUCAAUCAAUAGAGCGGUAGAUGGAGAAGACCUCAUGGAAGUACCGAGUUUUUUCCUAUGUCCAAUAUUUCAGGAAGUAAUGAAAAACCCACAUGUGGCUGUGGAUGGAUUUUCAUACGAGCUAGAAGCCAUAGAGGAAUGGCUUAGAAUGGGGAAUGAUACAUCGCCCAUGACAAAUUUAAGGCUCAAACACACUUUUCUUACCCCUAACCACACCCUCCGUACACUUAUACAAGACUGGCAUAAUAAAAGAUCCAUUCCACCUCCCUAACAUUCUUUCUACUUGAGUGAGUGUAUAUUGCUUUUGGAUUUUCCUGUAUGAGAGAGAAUUUAGGUGGAGAAUGUGAUGUCAACUUAGUUAACAUUGAUGUUUAGGUGUUCUAGAAGGUGAGCAAUACACCAAGCAUCUUGCUUUAGAUCAA